UUAAUGCGCAUCAGGCAGCAUGCACUUCACUACUCACCAAUGUGAGUGAGUCCUCUCUCUCUAUUUCUGUUUUUUGGUGCUCCCAACAAACCACCCUCCGUACACUUUUUUUUCUUCUUUUUCGGGGGUGUUAGGUGUUGACACAACAUUCACUCACUCACCAUCACUGUUUCGAUUUUCGAAGAAGAAUAAGAAGAGGAGGAGGAUCACACUCUGCGCCACACCAUCACUUCAGCUUCAACACGCAAACUCUCUUAUACCUCUUAAUGAUUCUUGUAAAGCACUGCUGAUGAACUGAGUUGAUACCUGAAAUAAGAUGGGGAAAAGAUCCAAAAUUAAAAAGGAGGAAGUUGCUGAAGAUUGGUGUUUUGUGUGCAAGGAUGGUGGGUUGAUGAGGGUGUGCGAUUAUGGGGAUUGCCUUAAAUCUUAUCAUCCUUCUUGUGUGAAGGAAGAUGAUUCCUUUUUGGAGGCUGACACAAAUUUUACUUGUGAUUCACAUAUCUGCUCACUUUGCCAGAAAGCCUCCAAGUUUAGAUGCUUUUGCUGCCCAAAUGCUGUUUGUGGGCGCUGCCUAUGUGAUGCUGAGUUUGUAGUUAUCAAUGGGAAGAAAGGACUCUGUCAUCACUGCAUAAAACUUGCAAUACUAAUUGAAGAAAAUGUUGACAUUGAUUCUGAUGGAGGAAAGGUAGACUUCAAAGAUCCCAGUACAUAUGAAUGCUUAUUUUCAGAAUAUUAUGAAAAUAUCAAAGGAAAGGAAGGGCUGAAGUCACAGCAUGUUUCUAAAGCAUAUAAGGUCCUGAAGAGUGGUAAAAACUCGAAGUCUGAUGUUGGUCUAGACGAAAUUGGUGAAGGGGAAGAUGAUAUUGGAGAAUCUGAUGGGAGUGACUUUAUAGUUUCUGACAAUGAUCUGUAUAACACUGCUGGAGUUAAACAGGGGAAGAAAAAGAAGAGGUGCGUCAAAAAGAAAAAAUCAAUAAAUGGAAAGCUGAAAGAUAAGCAAAUGGAGUUUAUUGGAUGGUGUUCAAGAAUUCUCAUGGAUUUUCUUCAGAGUGUUGGUAAAGACACGAGCAGGGAAUUUUCUGAACAAGAGGUUGCUUCUAUCAUCAUGGACUACUGCAAAGAGAACAAGCUUUUCGACCCCGAGAAGAAGAGAAAGGUGCUUUGUGAUGUACAAUUAAGGUCUUUACUUGGGAGGAAAUCAGUGAAUAGGAACAGUAUAUAUAAGCUUCUCGCAAAGCAUUUUUCUGAUAACUCUGAGGACAUGGAGGUUGAUACCAGUAUUACUUCAGAAGAUAGGGAUACCAAUGAACGAUUGAAUCUUUCAAGGAAGAGAAAAUUGAUUUCGAGUACACACUCUCAUAAGAAUGUAGAUUUAGAAGAGCAGAAAAGCUGUUUUGCAGCCAUUGUCAGUGCAAACCUCAAGCUUGUGUAUCUGAAGAGAAGUUUGGUCGAAGAACUUUUGAAGCAACCAGAAAAAUUUGAUUGCAAAGUGAUUGGAAGUUUUGUAAGAGUCAGAACUAAUCCAUAUGAAAUAUUUCAGAAAAACUCACAUAAGCUUGAGCAAGUACUAGGAAUAAACAGACCAAAGAAUGAUGAAAUCAACAGAGAGAUUCUGCUUACACUUUCAAAUGAGCUAAAUGAUGUACCUAUUUUGAAAGUUUCAGAUGAUGACUUUACAGAGGAAGAAUGUAAAGAUCUGUGCGAGAGAAUGAGAAAUGGCUUGCUCAAACAGCCUACUGUACUGGAGCUGGAUCAGAAAGCCAGGAGUCUGCAUGAGGAUAUAAUAAGACAUUGGAUCCCAAGGGAGAUAAAAUUGUUACAAAAUCGCAUUGCUCUGGCCAAUGAAAAGGGAUGGAGGAAAGAACUUUUUGAGUACAUGGACCGAAAAACAAAGCUUGAGACUCCAUCAGAACAAUCACGCUUAUUAAGUGAUAUUCCAAAAGUAAUACCUGAAAUAGUUGAUGUUAAAUCGUCACCGGAAGCUUCCCCAAGAAAAGAUGACAUUGAGCAAAAUGACUUGUUGGAGUUCGCCAUAGGAGAGGCUCAUAAUUCUAUUGGACUCGAUUCCAACCACAAUGGUUUUGCGUCUCACUUGAAUAGAUCGUCACGGGAAGGUUCCCCAAGGAAAGAUGACAUUGAGCAAAAUGACUUGUUGGAGUUCGCUGUAGGAGAGACUCAUAAUUCUAUUGGACUCGAUUCCAAGCACAAUGGUUUUGCUUCUCACUUGAUUGGUAGAACAGAUAUUGCAGGUUUACCAGAUGGCAGAAUGCUGAAUGUUACUUUGAGUGCUACACAGACAAUGAAAGAAAAGCAAAGCGUUUCAGUUGCUAACUCUGUUGAGGCAGGUAUGAAGGGCAAACAGGAUACAAGUACGCCGACCGCAAAACACAAAGUUCAAAAUUCCAUUCCAUGUGUUAUUGUGUUGAGUGACGAUGACGAAGAAGAUGCAAAUAUUACUGAUAUUACGGCAAGAAGACAGGUGGUGGAGAAUCCUGAGAUNNNNGGAGUAGUGAAAGAUUGACAGAUGAGGGUGGGAACUAUCUGGAGAAAUAUGUCAGAUGAAAAAAUGUCAAAUUUGGUUUCUUCAAGCUUCUUUUAAGCCCUCAUCCUUUUUGGCUUUAAAAUACGUAGUCUUAAGAAACCAGCUGUGUAAUUAUGCAUCAUAAACACUAAUGGGGGAAGUAAUUGAAGUUCAAGUUUGAUCGUCAAA